UGACACAUGUUUACCAGUACUGACUGAAUUCUCCAAGGCCAUGGAAAUAACAUGUUGGAAUUCUUAAUUUAGGUGAUGUUUCCCUUUAAAUGUAAAUCUUGUACAGCUCACCUUAUUUGUUAACAUAAGGCAUAGUGUUUUUAUUAACAUCAUCAUCAUCAUACAUAACCAAGAAUAGAGAGUGAAUAGUAUUACCAGUGAUUAUAGAUGUAAUACCGCCUGAGGAAAUAACUGGAGCAUUUUGCACAUGCUCUUUUGUUACAGUUUCUAACUAUUUUACAUUCAAAAUCUUCUUUACAUUCAAGCUUAAAAUGGUGAUAUUUCCAAACUGUUUGGACUAACUAACCAGCAAGCACGACAAGAUUGUAAAACGGAGGCUUUUUUCAACUCCAGGAUUUCGUCUCUAAUUUAACUUUAACUUACAAUUUUUUUGAACACAACAAGUUUUAAAAAUCUAAUGAAUCAUUUAUGGUGGGGGAGAGUCAUGUAUUUUCCAUCAGUCACCCCAGAGAGGCUUGAGGAUGUUUAUAUGUAACUUCAUGGAACGCAAAAAAAAAAAAAAAAGUCACGAAGUCACACCGCAGCCACUUCCAUCCUCUGAUACAGAAAGAAGAGUGCCGAGUCUCUACCCAACGCGGAUUACAGCCACUUUUUUCAAACGGGGUAGUUCAUCUUUCUAACAUAGACGAGCUUUGGUGGCACUUCAUCUGUGACGCGGCCUCCGGCUGACUGACUGUCAAGAAAAAAGACUCGCAUCUCCCCUCCUGGAUGAAAUGUCUCCGUUGCAGAAAGGCUGAUGAAUCCCUGAAACCAAUAUCCAACAGGGAUGGUGCACCUGAACCAGUCUGAAUUACUUGACACUGCUCACAGACUGGGAGGCAGGAGAUGAGACACUGCAGCCCUCGACCACAUCAUGAGUAUCCAGAGUCUGGGAGGAGCUAUAGGGGAUUCCCUGGGCUCUAGCCUGACGGUGCGUGUGAGUGGAGCAGGUGGUGGGUGGAGUGCUCUCUCCCUGAAGCCUGUUUCCUCCGGGCGGAUUGCCUCACUGUUCCAAACCAUGGUUCCAACUGGUUAUACCAAGCUGCAGGAGGAGCGGUUAGCCAUGGUGGACCUCGGAGCUAAACCUGAGGCCAGCUCACUCCAGAAUGGCUACAGACAGGAGUCGUCACACAUAGAAGGCCGACGGCUCCUGGACCGGGCGUCUCGGUCCUCUGUGACUUUAUCUGACUGUGGAGAUGGAGGCUACUCUGAAACAGAGCCCAUGCUGGCUGAGAGGAGGCUGUCUGGGGAGGAGGCAGAUGAGGAGGAAGAGGAGGAUGAGGAGGAAGGGCUGGGAUCAGCUGUGCAGAAUAUGCCCAAAGAGUCGCCGCUGGCCAUGGCAUUGCAGAUUUUGCUCCCCUUCCUGUUAGCUGGAUUUGGAACUGUAUCAGCUGGAAUGGUGCUGGAUAUUGUUCAGCACUGGGAGGCGUUCCAGUACAUCACAGAGAUCUUCAUCCUGGUACCUGCUCUCCUUGGCCUCAAGGGAAACCUGGAGAUGACUCUGGCCUCAAGGCUGUCCACAGCGGUGAAUGUGGGCAAGAUGGAUUCUCCCAUAGAGAAGUGGAAUCUAAUCAUAGGCAACCUGGCUCUGAAGCAGGUUCAGGCCACUGUGGUGGGUUUCCUGGCUGCUGUAGCAGCCGUGGUUCUCGGUUGGAUCCCAGAGGGGAAGUUCCAGAUGAGUCACGCUGUGCUGCUGUGCUCCAGCAGCGUGGCCACAGCCUUCAUAGCCUCCCUGCUGCAGGGUAUCAUCAUGGUUGGUGUAAUUGUGGGUUCAAAAAAGACCGGCAUCAACCCAGACAAUGUAGCCACACCCAUUGCCGCCAGUUUUGGUGACCUCAUUACCCUGGCGAUCCUGGCCUGGAUAAGCCAGGGCCUCUACAAGUGCCUGGAUACCUACCCGUAUGUGUCAUCACUGGUUUGCACCUUCUUCAUGUGUCUAACUCCCCUGUGGAUCAUCAUCUCCUCCAAGCACCCGGCCAGCCGCACUCUGCUCUACUCUGGAUGGGAGCCAGUCAUCACUGCCAUGGUCAUCAGCAGCAUCGGAGGGCUGAUCCUUGACAAAACAGUGUCUGACCCAAAUCUUGCCGGCAUCGUAGUGUACACCCCGGUUAUCAACGGAAUCGGGGGUAACCUGGUGGCUAUUCAGGCCAGCAGGAUCUCCACUCACCUGCAUUUCCACUGUGCUCCUGGAGAGGUUCCUGAUGAUGCAAAGGGCUGCUACUACCCUUGCCGCACCUUCUGUGGUACAGGAGCCAACCAUCGCUCUGCUCAGGUGCUUCUCCUUUUGGUGAUCCCUGGUCACCUGAUAUUCCUCUACACCAUUCACCUGAUGAAGAGCGGACACACCACCCUGACCCCCAUCUUUAUGUCCGUCUAUCUGGCUGCUGCUAUGCUGCAGGUGUUGCUGUUGUUGUGUAUAGCAGACUGGAUGGUGCACUCCAUGUGGCGGAGCGGCAAAGAUCCAGACAGUUUCUCUAUCCCUUACCUGACAGCUCUGGGCGACCUGUUGGGCACCGCCCUGCUGGCGCUCAGCUUCCACUUCCUGUGGGUCAUAGGAGACCAGGACAGUGAUGUGGGCGACUGAUUGGGCCUUGGACAAUAAGGCAUCGUGGUGGCGGGAACCCUGCCUCUGCCAUCUGACCUCUCACAUCCUUAAGGCUUGUGGGAACGUGGGUGCUCUCUGUCGCUGACCAGCCCAUUCCUCUGCCUCACUUCACUUAAACCACACAAUGGUUUAGAAACUAUUUCCUGCUCCUGGCUUUUUUGUUUUUUGUCUACAUGCUAAAGAUAUUAUAUUCCAUAAAUCAAGACUGUUCUCAGUACAGAUUUUGAUCUGCAUAGUUUGCACCAAAGCACUUACAUAUUAUAUUGCUGGUCUUGUUAAGAGAAACAGGAAAACACCAGCCACCACCCACAGCACUGAGGAAACCUUGCUGCUGUUGGCAAGGUGGUUUACCCUGCCAGCCAAGCAUCAGUCGAAGGUCUUCUACUUUAAAAAAAAUCUCUUUUACUGGUUCAUAUUUUGGGGAUUUACCACCCGCGUGUCACAAACUUUGUUACCUGCCUUGUGUAUUACUGCUUUGCAACAUCAAGCCAAAGGAGAGAUACAGAGACAGCUGGGGUGGAGGCAAGACAAGGAAGUUUAUCAGAGAUCAGCUCAUGAACAAACACUUUGAACCGCUAUGUUAGCAGGUGUACCAGCACCAGGGUUAGAAGGGAACAACAUGAAGUUGUAUCAAUGAUAGAAAUGGAUUUCUUCCUGUGUUGACAUGUUUUUAUGUUAUGUGUUUUCCCAGUGUCCAAACUCAGCCAUCCAUACGGUACAGUUAUUAUAUUGCUUUGUCAGUAUUUUGAUUUAUCCCACAUUGUUCUCUGCAAGGUUGAGUUUGGAACAUUGGGCCUCAUUCACCACGAAAUUUCUUCUUAAAACCUACUUACAUAGUAGUAGGUAAGGUUAGGUUUGGUAAGAACAGAAUCUAUGCACACUCAUAGUUGUAUAAUAUUUUAGGAUUUAAAUAACAAUAGUAUCUUUUUAUCAUUUAUAAAAUUUGAUAAUUAUUUGCAUUACUUUACAAAAAGCAUUAUGUUCUUAUAAAUAAACUACACUGACAU